AUGGCUUACGAUCGCUACGCGGCGAUAUGCUUACCCUUGUACUAUCACACAAUAAUGAACUGGAAGAUGUGCAGAAACAUGACCUUCAUGAUGUGGUCUGGCAGCUUGCUCAUGUCUCUUGUAACACCCAUCUCAAGGCCUCUGGUGUUCUGUGCGAAAAACAAACUGGACCAUUUUGUGUGUGAGGUAUUGGCGGUUCUGGAGCUGGCCUGCGGGAACCUCGUCUUCUAUCAAGUAGCUAUACUCAUGGUGGGUUUGGUUACCCUGGUAGCACCACUUGUCUUCAUCGUGGUGUCGUACGUCCUCAUCAUUUCAUCCAUAUUAAGGAUCCGGUCCGCUGGUGGAAGGCAAAAGGCAUUUUCUACCUGCGCCUCUCACCUGACCGUUGUCUCGGUGUUCUACGGGACUUGUAUUACCAUGUAUAUGGGGAGAACCAAAAGUUUUUCUUCAAACCUGAAAUACAUCUCUGUGGUUUACGGCAUUGUCAAUCCUGUGCUAAAUCCUCUGAUAUACAGCUUGAGGAAUAAUGAGGUGAAGGAAGCAUUUAAUAAAAUAGUGAACACCAACCCUUUAAAAUGGACCGUGUAA